AUGCCAAGUCUUUCACACCGUUUCUCUUUUUUGCUCAUUCUUCUCGUUCUAGCCAUUAAUAUUCUUUUCGUGAUUCACACCAUGCGUCAACAACAAUAUAUGGAGAAACAAGUCGAAUUCGAUAAUUCCUGCUUUUUGAUUGACACCCAACAAGAACAAUUCAUUUCACAAUUAAACACUAAUCAUUCCAUGGAAUUAUCGGAAUUACAGGCAAAAGUAAAUCAAUUACAACAGGAACUUGAGAAUACUCAUACUUUUUACAAAAACUUGACAAGUUCCAUCCGAAAAAAAAAGAAAGUAUUGACACUUCGUCAAAGAAUCGAACAACAAUUUUACUCAAAUUUUAAAAUACCUCUCCGAGUGGAAUGGAUGAAAUCCAAAAUCUCACAUUCUCUUCCACAAUGGCUCGAAAGCGGAAUUCUCAAUGAAAAGAAAUUUCUCUUCGAAAAAUCUCCAAAAAAGAAGAUUUUAAUAUUUAAUUAUUUAUAUUCAUUGGGAUGGAAUGGAAUGGGUGUUCAUCCACGAGGAGAACUUUCUCAAUGGACCGAUUUAAUGAUGGCACUUUCUCUACAGAAUUAUCAUGUCUAUUACGUUCAUGAUUUGAAUGAAUUCGUUCAGCAAGUUCUUCCACAACAUGAAUUGCAAUCUUUUGAUGUGAUUUUUACAGAUUAUUCAGUGUUGAAAAUAUUCUUUUCCAAACAAUUGAAUUUAAUUCAACAAAAAGAUGUAACAAUUUCCACAAAUGGUAAUACUGCCAAUUCUCAACAGACCAACAAAAAGAUGGAAAGUAAUAAUUUGAAAUGUCGAUUACGAGUUUUGGAUUCAUUUGGAACAACCUCCAAUUACAAUUCAAUGAAUUUAUCAACUGUAAUGAAAAAUAAUAGAAAUAUGGGACCCUAUUGUUGUUGGAAUUUGGAAAUGAAACAAUACUUAACCUUUCAACCAAGGAAAAUUCCAGAUCCAGUCAAUCAAUUUUUGGGAACUGCAAUUCCAUUCUCUUUAGAAAAUUUAAUGGAUCCAUCUUUUGGGAAAAAGGUUAAAAAUUCCAAAUCUGGAAAGUACAGAGCGUUGAUUUGGGCCAAAGAAACAAGAUACUUUGAACAUGUUCCAUCGAGUUAUUUGGAAAUCAUUUCUCAAAAAUUUGAAUUACUAACCACUCUAGCACCCACCGAUUUCCAAAAAGUGAAAUCAAAGUUUCCCAAAAUUGAAUUUACCAAUUUAGGAAUUCUUCCAUCUCAUCAACUCUAUGUCGAAGCAUUGAAAGAGAGUGUCAUUUAUGUGGGUCUUGGAGAGCCACUCAUAGGUCCAAGUUGUUUGGAAGCUCUCGCCUAUGGAGCAGUGAUUUUCAAUCCAUUCAUUAACGCUCAAAAAUUGAGUGACAUGGGAAAACCCUCCGAUGAAGUCUACACCAGUCAAGCUCCCUAUUUGGAAUCUAUUGGUGCACCAAAUGCGAUUACUCUGAACAUGCAUGAUUCGGAGAGUGUCUCCAAAUAUGUGAAUGAGGUAGAACGACUGUUAGUAGAAAAUCGAGGAGUUAUUCCACCUUAUAUUCCAAGUGAAUUUACGAUACAAUCCUUCUUUCAUAGAGUCUACACGAUUGUGAAUUCCUAUAAUUUUUGUGAGUGA